UUCAAUCACAGAUUAUAUGAAAACAGAUUGUGCACUUAGAUGUAAACAAAAAAUGGCCUGAUUCUGGUCUCCGCCAGAAUCAAUGUGACCAUUUCAACAGAUUGAAAUUACUUGAAAUGUAUCGUAUACUUGUGGCUUACCUGAUAGUGAUAUCCGAGUAUCCGACAAACAAAAUAUAUUGUUAUCAACACUCUGAUACUUUAUAUCUGAUAGUCUGAUGUUUGGUUUUCACUUUUCACGUGUUUUUGGCGUUUGACGUUUUACGAUUUUUGGUGUUUGCUUAAAUAAAAUAGUUUUUUUUUUGUAAUAUUUUAUAUUUAUACUGUCAUAUUUAUUUUAAAAAAUGACUACUUGUGCAGUCAAGUUUUGCGACAAUAAAAUGUCACUAACGAAAAAUAUAAGCUACUUCAGAUUUCCAAGCGACCCAUUGAGGUGUAAACAAUGGAUGGAAAAAUGUCAAACUGAACAUUUACUGAAAAAAGAUGCUACUAAAUAAAUUAGAAAGUAUUUAGUAUUAAUAAGUAAUCUAGGUAAUUGUAUAAACAUUUUGUACUCCAUCAAUUCUGUAUGUUUAUAAUAAAUGUAUAAUAUGUAUUUAAUUUUAAUUGUUAAUAUUAUAUUGUUUGAAAUUGUGAAAAAUUUAAAUAAAUAUUUGUUUGUAAAUAACAA